CUUAACACGGUAUCUUCAAGCUGUAUGCAAGAACGACUAUUUGUACUCCUAAAUAUCUACAUAAAUCAAACGAAGUUACGAUUCCAAAAAAGAACAAUAUGCUUACCAAAAACAAAUCACUGCCAUCUUAAACAAGAAGUUCGAAAACUGAAUGUGCCAGGUGAAGACCAUACUCACGUCACUUCGUCUUUGAGCAAAUUUUAUACGAUGUACGAAAAAACUGAAAAUUAUGAGUCUCAAAAAACACAGAGUAAAUUUCCAGUUCCAAGUCAUGCUCAUGUUUUUCUGUCAUCAAAAUAUUUUGGACUCACAAGUGGUGACGAUGGUAAUGCUAAAGAUGUCGGAAAUUCUCCUGUUGUUGAAAUUACAAAACAAGGACUCACAAGUGGUGACGAUGGUAAUGCUAAAGAUGUCGGAAAUUCUCCUGUUGUUGAAAUUACAAAACAAGGACUCACAAGUGGUGACGAUGGUAAUGCUAAAGAUGUCGGAAAUUCUCCUGUUGUUGAAAUUACAAAACAAGGACUCACAAGUGGUGACGAUGGUAAUGCUAAAGAUGUCGGAAAUUCUCCUGUUGUUGAAAUUACAAAACAAGGACUCACAAGUGGUGACGAUGGUAAUGCUAAAGAUGUCGGAAAUUCUCCUGUUGUUGAAAUUACAAAACAAGGACUCACAAGUGGUGACGAUGGUAAUGCUAAAGAUGUCGGAAAUUCUCCUGUUGUUGAAAUUACAAAACAAGAAUCAAAGUUGCAAGAGUGGAAAUACAAUGAUGAAUCAAAGAAGCAUAAAAAAAUGUUUUCAAAUCUGCUUAAACGUUCACGCGAUGACAGUGUCGAGGUUAAACAAGUGAGCGAUGUACGUGUAAUUUUUUCGGACGAUUUUUGCAUCGGUAAAGGAAGUAACGAGACCCGUGUUUUUCUUGGACUGAGAAAAGAUGGUUACGGCAAAGCAGUGAAACGAAUACGUCGAGACAACUGCAUGAAGCUUGCACAGAAAGAAAAAGAAAUUUUAAAUCAAUUCAACGCAAAGAGAUCAAAAUAUGUUGUGAAUUAUUCCUUCUUAGAAGAAGAUACUGGAACGGAGUAUGUCUAUUUAAUAUUAGACUUAUGUGAAGAAUCGUUGGAGAGUUAUGUGAAAUCUUCUACUUUGGUAGAACUUCAAAACGCUCUUCCCGAAAUUCUCAGACAAAUUUUGCAAGGAUUAGCUGAUCUUCAUAGUGGCGAAAAUCCUAUUAUUCAUCGGGACUUAAAGCCUACCAAUGUUCUCCGAGACUCACAAGACAACUUUCUGAUAGCUGACUUUGGCAUUAGUCAAAUAUUGAAUAAUGAUUGUACGACAUAUGAAAGCAGUCCUAACACAGGAACGGAGUAUUGGAUUGCUCCUGAAUCAUAUUGUGAAAAGGAAGAUUUUGUUGAUAAAGGACGGUACAAGAAAGAGUCUGAUAUAUAUAAUGCAGGAAUGGUAACUUAUUAUAUUGCAACAAAAGGAAAACACCCUUUUGGAACGAAACGGCUUAGAUUGGACAAUAUGUUAAAAGGAAACCCUGUUGGUUUGGAGGAAAUCGAGGAUGAAACACUAAAGGACCUUCUGUCGUGGAUGUUAAAUCUAAAACCUGAAAACAGACCAUCGGCUACCGUGGCGUUAAAACACCCAUUUCUUAUGUCGGAUGACGAGAAAUUUGACUUAUUAUGUAAAGUUGGAAAUCUUCAGCAGAUUAAGACAAAUGAUCCCCUGUGUAGUGUCGUUCAACAAUUGAAUAGUGAAUCCUCAGAUUGGAAAAGUAAAAUAGACAGUGAUGUUUAUGAUUAUUUUAGAACAGACGUGGUGACUGGAAAGAUUUUUACAUAUGACUCUUCAUGGACAGAAUGUUUAAGACUUAUUCGAAAUAUUAACCAACAUUGGAACGAUCGACCACGGCCAAAGCCUCAACCAGAACCAUUUUAUAAGAUUGGCGAUCACAAGGCGUAUAUUCUCAAAAAAUUCCCUAAUCUCCCUAUUCGAGUGCAUGCUUCUGUGAGGUGCAAUGUAGAAGUGAAAAACAAUCCAGAUCUCAAGAACUUUUUCAAUUUCAGUGAAAAGAAACCACAUCAAAAAUAAACAGUUUUUAAACAGUAAAAACAGUUUGUGAAAAGGCAAGUGAACAGGAAAGAUACCGUGUCAAAUAGAAUUUACUCAGAUUGGAAAAGACAAAUAAAUUUUUUACGUAUAUGAUUAUUUU